AUGGCUGACGCAGAAGGCGAGGACGACGUCCAGUUCCUGCGGACGGAUGAUGAGGUGGUCCUGCAGUGCAGCGCCACCGUGCUCAAGGAGCAGCUCAAGCUCUGCCUGGCCGCCGAGGGUUUCGGUAACCGCCUGUGCUUCCUGGAGCCCACCAGCAACGCCCAGAAUGUGCCCCCUGAUCUGGCCAUCUGUUGCUUCGUCCUGGAGCAGUCCCUGUCCGUGCGAGCCCUGCAGGAGAUGCUGGCCAACACGGUGGAGGCCGGCGUGGAGUCAUCCCAGGGCGGGGGACACAGGACGCUCCUGUAUGGCCAUGCCAUCUUACUCCGGCACGCACACAGCCGCAUGUAUCUGAGCUGCCUCACCACCUCCCGCUCCAUGACUGACAAGCUGGCCUUCGAUGUGGGACUGCAGGAGGAUGCAAUAGGAGAGGCUUGCUGGUGGACCACGCACCCAGCCUCCAAGCAGAGGUCUGAAGGAGAAAAGGUCCGUGUUGGGGAUGACAUCAUCCUUGUCAGUGUCUCUUCUGAACGCUACCUGCACCUGUCGACUGCCAGCGGGGAGCUCCAGGUUGACGCUUCCUUCAUGCAGACGCUGUGGAACAUGAACCCCAUCUGCUCCCGCUGCGAAGAGGGCUUCGUGACAGGAGGUCACGUCCUCCGCCUCUUUCAUGGACAUAUGGAUGAGUGUCUGACCAUUUCCCCUGCUGACAGUGACGACCAGCGCAGACUUGUCUACUAUGAGGGGGGAGCUGUGUGCACCCACGCCCGCUCCCUCUGGAGGCUGGAGCCCCUGAGAAUCAGCUGGAGUGGGAGCCACCUACGCUGGGGCCAGCCACUCCGAGUCCGGCAUGUCACCACCGGGCGGUACCUGGCACUCUCCGAGGACCAGGGCCUGGUGGUGGUUGAUGCCAGCAAGGCCCAUACCAAGGCUACGUCCUUCUGCUUCCGCAUCUCCAAGGAGAAGCUGGAUGUGGCCCCCAAGCGGGAUGUGGAAGGCAUGGGCCCCCCUGAGAUCAAGUACGGGGAGUCACUGUGCUUUGUGCAGCAUGUGGCCUCAGGACUGUGGCUCACCUAUGCCGCUCCAGACCCCAAGGCCCUGAGGCUCGGCGUGCUCAAGAAGAAGGCCAUGCUGCACCAGGAAGGCCACAUGGACGACGCACUGUCACUGACCCGCUGCCAGCAGGAGGAGUCCCAGGCCGCCCGCAUGAUCCACAGCACCAGUGGCCUGUACAACCAGUUCAUCAAGAGCCUGGACAGCUUCAGCGGGAAGCCACGGGGCUCGGGGCCGCCGGCUGGCACGGCGCUGCCCAUCGAGGGCGUUAUCCUGAGCCUGCAGGACCUCAUCAUCUACUUCGAGCCGCCCUCCGAGGACUUGCAGCAUGAGGAGAAGCAGAGCAAGCUGCGAAGCCUGCGCAACCGCCAGAGUCUCUUCCAGGAGGAGGGGAUGCUCUCCCUGGUCCUGAAUUGCAUUGACCGCCUAAAUGUCUACACCACCGCUGCCCACUUUGCCGAGUUUGCAGGGGAGGAGGCAGCCGAGUCCUGGAAAGAGAUUGUGAAUCUUCUUUAUGAACUCCUGGCUUCUCUGAUCCGUGGCAAUCGUAGCAACUGUGCCCUCUUCUCCACAAACUUGGACUGGCUGGUCAGCAAGCUGGAUCGGCUGGAGGCCUCAUCUGGCAUCCUGGAGGUCCUGUACUGUGUCCUCAUUGAGAGUCCAGAGGUUCUGAACAUCAUCCAGGAGAAUCACAUCAAGUCUAUCAUCUCCCUCCUGGACAAGCAUGGGAGGAACCACAAGAUCGUCCUGCCACCCCAUCUGGAGCGCAUUCGGGAGAAGCUGGCGGAGAACAUCCACGAGCUCUGGGCACUGACCCGCAUUGAGCAAGGCUGGACCUACGGACACGUGGCACGCCCAGUGACUUCCCCAGGGCAGCACCUCCUGGCCCCUGAAGACGUAGUCAGCUGCUGUCUGGACCUCAGCGUGCCGUCCAUCUCCUUCCGCAUCAAUGGCUGCCCUGUGCAGGGCGUCUUUGAGUCCUUCAACCUGGACGGGCUUUUCUUCCCUGUUGUCAGCUUCUCGGCUGGUGUCAAGGUGCGGUUCCUCCUUGGUGGCCGCCAUGGCGAAUUCAAGUUCCUGCCCCCACCUGGCUAUGCCCCAUGCCAUGAGGCUGUGCUCCCUCGAGAGCGACUCCAUCUUGAACCCAUCAAGGAGUAUCGACGGGAGGGGCCCCGGGGGCCUCACCUGGUGGGCCCCAGUCGCUGCCUCUCACACACCGACUUUGUGCCCUGCCCUGUGGACACCGUUCAGGUACUGCCUGCCCUGCAAAUGUUUUCUGGUGAGGCAGGGACUCUGCUGGCUCUGGGCUGCCACGUGGGUAUGGCGGAUGAGAAGGCGGAGGACAACCUGAAGAAGACAAAACUCCCCAAGACGUAUAUGAUGAGCAAUGGGUACAAGCCGGCUCCGCUGGACCUGAGCCACGUGCGGCUGACGCCGGCGCAGACGACACUGGUGGACCGUCUGGCAGAAAAUGGGCACAACGUGUGGGCCCGAGACCGUGUGGGCCAGGGCUGGAGCUACAGUGCGGUGCAGGACAUCCCCGCGCGCCGAAACCCACGGCUCGUGCCCUACCGCCUCCUGGACGAGGCCACCAAGCGCAGCAACCGGGACAGCCUCUGCCAGGCCGUGCGCACCCUCCUAGGUUACGGCUACAACAUCGAGCCUCCUGACCAGGAGCCCAGUCUGGUGGAGAACCAGUCUCGUUGGGACCGGGUGCGCAUCUUCCGGGCAGAGAAAUCCUAUGCAGUGCAGAGCGGCCGCUGGUACUUCGAGUUUGAAGCAGUCACCACAGGCGAGAUGCGAGUGGGCUGGGCGAGGCCCGAGCUGAGGCCUGAUGUAGAGCUGGGAGCUGAUGAACUGGCCUAUGUCUUCAAUGGGCACCGCGGCCAGCGCUGGCACUUGGGUAGUGAACCAUUUGGGCGCCCCUGGCAGCCGGGCGAUGUCGUUGGCUGUAUGAUCGACCUCACAGAGAACACCAUUAUCUUCACCCUCAAUGGCGAGGUCCUCAUGUCUGACUCGGGCUCCGAAACAGCCUUCCGGGAGAUUGAGAUUGGGGACGGCUUCCUGCCCGUCUGCAGCUUGGGACCUGGCCAGGUGGGUCACCUGAACCUGGGCCAGGACGUGAGCUCCCUGCGGUUCUUUGCCAUCUGUGGCCUCCAGGAAGGCUUCGAGCCAUUUGCCAUCAACAUGCAGCGCCCAGUCACCACCUGGUUCAGCAAAAGCCUGCCCCAGUUUGAGCCAGUGCCCCUUGAACACCCUCACUAUGAGGUAGCCCGAGUGGACGGCACUGUGGACACGCCCCCGUGUCUGCGUCUGACUCACCGCACCUGGGGCUCCCAGAACAGCCUGGUGGAGAUGCUCUUCCUCCGACUGAGCCUCCCAGUCCAGUUCCACCAGCACUUCCGCUGCACCGCAGGGGCCACCCCGCUGGCACCCCCCUACUAUUACUCCGUGAGGGUCUUUGCCGGACAGGAGCCUAGCUGCGUGUGGGUGGGCUGGGUCACUCCUGACUACCAUCAGCACGACAUGAGCUUCGACCUCAGCAAGGUCCGGGUCGUGACAGUGACCAUGGGGGAUGAACAAGGCAACAUCCACAGCAGCCUCAAGUGCAGCAAUUGCUACAUGGUGUGGGGUGGGGACUUUGUGAGUCCCGGGCAGCAGGGCCGGAUCAGCCACACGGAUCUUGUCAUUGGGUGCCUGGUGGACUUGGCCACUGGCUUAAUGACCUUUACAGCCAAUGGCAAAGAGAGCAACACCUUUUUCCAGGUGGAACCCAACACAAAGCUAUUUCCUGCUGUCUUCGUCCUGCCCACCCACCAGAACGUCAUCCAGUUUGAGCUGGGGAAGCAGAAGAACAUCAUGCCGUUGUCAGCCGCCAUGUUCCAGAGCGAGCGCAAGAACCCGGCCCCGCAGUGCCCGCCGCGGCUGGAGAUGCAGAUGCUGAUGCCAGUGUCCUGGAGCCGCAUGCCCAACCACUUCCUGCAGGUGGAGACGAGGCGCGCCGGCGAGCGGCUGGGCUGGGCCGUGCAGUGCCGGGAGCCGCUGACCAUGAUGGCGCUGCACAUCCCCGAGGAGAACCGAUGCAUGGACAUCCUGGAGCUGUCGGAGCGCCUGGACCUGCAGCGCUUCCACUCGCACACCCUGCGCCUCUACCGCGCUGUGUGCGCCCUGGGCAACAAUCGCGUGGCGCACGCUCUGUGCAGCCACGUGGACCAGGCUCAGCUGCUGCACGCCCUGGAGGACGCGCACCUGCCAGGUCCACUGCGUGCAGGCUACUACGACCUCCUCAUCAGCAUCCACCUCGAAAGUGCCUGCCGCAGCCGCCGCUCCAUGCUCUCUGAAUACAUCGUGCCCCUCACGCCUGAGACCCGCGCCAUCACGCUCUUCCCUCCUGGAAGGAGCACAGAAAAUGGUCACCCCCGGCACGGCCUGCCGGGAGUUGGAGUCAGCACUUCGCUGCGGCCCCCGCAUCAUUUUUCGGCCCCCUGUUUCGUGGCCGCUCUGCCAGCUGCUGGGGCAGCAGAGGCUCCGGCCCGCCUCAGCCCCGCCAUCCCGUUGGAGGCCCUACGGGACAAGGCACUGAGGAUGCUGGGGGAGGCGGUGCGCGACGGUGGGCAGCAUGCUCGCGACCCCGUCGGGGGCUCCGUGGAGUUCCAGUUUGUGCCUGUGCUCAAGCUCGUGUCCACCCUGCUGGUGAUGGGCAUCUUUGGCGAUGAGGAUGUGAAACAGAUCUUGAAGAUGAUUGAGCCUGAAGUCUUCACUGAGGAAGAAGAGGAGGAGGAGGAGGAGGAAGAAGAGGAGGAAGAGGAAGAUGAGGAGGAGAAGGAGGAGGAUGAGGAGGAAACAGCACAGGAAAAGGAAGAUGAAGAAAAAGAGGAAGAGGAGGCAGCAGAAGGGGAGAAGGAAGAAGGCUUGGAGGAGGGGCUGCUCCAGAUGAAGUUGCCAGAGUCUGUGAAGUUACAGAUGUGCCACCUGCUGGAAUAUUUCUGUGACCAAGAGUUGCAGCACCGUGUGGAGUCCCUGGCAGCCUUUGCGGAGCGCUAUGUGGACAAGCUCCAGGCCAACCAGCGGAGCCGCUAUGGCCUCCUCAUGAAAGCCUUCAGCAUGACCGCAGCGGAGACUGCAAGACGUACCCGCGAGUUCCGCUCCCCGCCCCAGGAGCAGAUCAAUAUGCUAUUGCAAUUCAAAGAUGGUACAGAUGAGGAAGACUGUCCUCUCCCUGAAGAGAUACGACAGGAUUUGCUUGACUUUCAUCAAGACCUGCUGGCACACUGUGGAAUUCAGCUGGAUGGAGAGGAGGAGGAACCGGAGGAAGAGACCACCCUGGGCAGCCGCCUCAUGAGCCUUUUGGAGAAAGUGCGGCUGGUGAAGAAGAAGGAGGAGAAACCUGAGGAGGAGCGGUCAGCAGAGGAGAGCAAACCCCGGUCCCUGCAGGAACUGGUGUCCCACAUGGUGGUGCGCUGGGCCCAAGAGGACUUCGUGCAGAGCCCCGAGCUGGUGCGGGCCAUGUUCAGCCUCCUGCACCGGCAGUACGACGGGCUGGGUGAGCUGCUGCGUGCCCUGCCACGGGCGUACACCAUCUCACCGUCCUCGGUGGAAGACACCAUGAGCCUGCUUGAGUGCCUCGGCCAGAUCCGCUCCCUGCUCAUCGUGCAGAUGGGCCCUCAGGAGGAGAACCUCAUGAUCCAGAGCAUCGGGAACAUCAUGAACAACAAAGUCUUCUACCAACACCCGAACCUGAUGAGGGCGCUGGGCAUGCACGAGACGGUCAUGGAGGUCAUGGUCAACGUCCUCGGGGGCGGCGAGUCCAAGGAGAUCCGCUUCCCCAAGAUGGUGACAAGCUGCUGCCGCUUCCUCUGCUAUUUCUGCCGCAUCAGCCGGCAGAACCAGCGCUCCAUGUUUGACCACCUGAGCUACCUGCUGGAGAACAGUGGCAUCGGCCUGAGCAUGCAGGGCUCCACGCCCCUGGACGUGGCUGCUGCCUCCGUCAUUGACAACAAUGAGCUGGCCUUGGCGUUGCAGGAGCAGGACCUGGAAAAGGUCGUGUCCUACCUGGCAGGCUGUGGCCUCCAAAGCUGCCCCAUGCUUGUGGCCAAGGGAUACCCAGAUAUUGGCUGGAACCCCUGCGGUGGAGAGCGCUACCUGGACUUCCUGCGCUUCGCUGUCUUCGUAAACGGCGAGAGCGUGGAGGAGAACGCCAACGUGGUGGUGCGGCUGCUCAUCCGGAAGCCUGAGUGCUUCGGACCCGCCCUGCGGGGUGAGGGUGGCUCAGGGCUGCUGGCUGCCAUCGAAGAGGCCAUCCGCAUCUCCGAGGACCCUGCGAGGGAUGGCCCAGGCAUCCGCAGGGACCGGCGGCGCGAGCACUUCGGUGAGGAACCACCUGAAGAAAACCGGGUGCACCUGGGACACGCCAUCAUGUCCUUCUAUGCUGCCUUGAUCGACCUGCUCGGACGCUGUGCACCAGAGAUGCAUCUAAUCCAAGCCUGCAAGGGUGAGGCCCUGCGGAUCCGUGCCAUCCUCCGCUCCCUUGUGCCCUUGGAGGACCUCGUGGGCAUCAUCAGCCUCCCACUGCAGAUGCCCACCCUGGGCAAAGACGGGGCUCUGGUGCAGCCAAAGAUGUCAGCAUCCUUCGUGCCGGACCACAAGGCGUCCAUGGUGCUCUUCCUGGACCGUGUGUACGGCAUUGAGAACCAGGACUUCUUGCUGCACGUGCUGGACGUGGGAUUCCUGCCCGACAUGAGGGCAGCCGCCUCGCUGGACACGGCCACUUUCAGCACCACCGAGAUGGCACUGGCGCUGAACCGCUACCUGUGCCUGGCCGUGCUGCCUCUCAUCACCAAGUGCGCGCCGCUCUUUGCGGGCACGGAACACCGCGCCAUCAUGGUGGACUCCAUGCUGCACACGGUGUACCGCCUGUCCCGGGGUCGCUCGCUCACCAAGGCGCAGCGCGACGUCAUCGAGGACUGCCUCAUGGCUCUCUGCAGGUACAUCCGCCCGUCGAUGCUCCAGCACCUGCUGCGGCGUCUGGUGUUCGACGUGCCCAUCUUAAACGAGUUUGCCAAGAUGCCACUCAAGCUCCUCACCAACCACUAUGAGCGUUGUUGGAAGUACUACUGCCUACCCACAGGCUGGGCCAACUUCGGGGUCACCUCGGAGGAGGAGCUGCACCUCACCCGGAAACUCUUCUGGGGCAUCUUUGACUCUCUGGCCCAUAAGAAAUACGACCCGGAGCUUUACCGAAUGGCCAUGCCUUGUCUGUGUGCCAUCGCUGGGGCUCUGCCCCCCGACUACGUGGACGCCUCAUACUCAUCUAAGGCGGAGAAAAAGGCCACAGUGGAUGCUGAAGGCAACUUUGAUCCCCGGCCUGUGGAAACCCUCAAUGUGAUCAUCCCGGAGAAGCUGGACUCCUUCAUUAACAAGUUUGCGGAGUAUACACAUGAGAAGUGGGCCUUCGACAAGAUCCAGAACAACUGGUCCUAUGGAGAGAACAUAGAUGAGGAGUUGAAGACCCACCCCAUGCUGAGGCCCUACAAGACCUUUUCAGAGAAGGACAAAGAGAUUUACCGCUGGCCCAUCAAGGAGUCCCUGAAGGCCAUGAUUGCCUGGGAAUGGACCAUAGAGAAGGCCAGGGAGGGUGAGGAGGAGAAGACGGAAAAGAAAAAAACGCGGAAGAUAUCACAAAGUGCCCAGACCUACGAUCCUCGAGAAGGCUACAACCCCCAGCCCCCCGACCUUAGCGCAGUUACCCUGUCCCGGGAGCUGCAGGCCAUGGCAGAACAACUGGCGGAAAAUUACCACAACACGUGGGGAAGGAAGAAGAAGCAGGAGCUGGAAGCCAAAGGCGGUGGGACCCACCCCCUGCUGGUCCCCUACGACACGCUAACAGCCAAGGAGAAGGCACGAGAUCGAGAGAAGGCCCAGGAGCUGCUGAAAUUCCUGCAGAUGAAUGGCUACGCGGUUACAAGAGGCCUUAAGGACAUGGAACUGGACUCAUCUUCCAUUGAAAAGCGGUUUGCCUUUGGCUUCCUGCAGCAGCUGCUGCGCUGGAUGGACAUUUCUCAGGAGUUCAUUGCCCACCUGGAGGCUGUGGUCAGCAGUGGGCGAGUGGAAAAGUCCCCACAUGAACAGGAGAUUAAAUUCUUUGCCAAGAUCCUGCUCCCUUUGAUCAACCAGUACUUCACCAACCACUGCCUCUAUUUCUUGUCCACUCCUGCUAAAGUGCUGGGCAGUGGCGGCCACGCCUCCAACAAGGAGAAGGAAAUGAUCACCAGCCUCUUCUGCAAACUUGCUGCUCUUGUCCGCCACCGAGUCUCUCUCUUUGGGACGGAUGCCCCGGCUGUAGUUAACUGUCUUCACAUCCUGGCCCGCUCCCUGGAUGCCAGGACGGUGAUGAAGUCAGGCCCUGAGAUCGUGAAGGCUGGCCUCCGCUCCUUCUUCGAGAGUGCCUCGGAGGACAUCGAGAAGAUGGUGGAGAACCUGCGGCUGGGCAAGGUGUCACAGGCGCGCACCCAGGUGAAGGGCGUGGGCCAGAACCUCACCUACACCACCGUGGCGCUGUUGCCGGUCCUCACCACCCUCUUCCAGCACAUCGCCCAGCACCAGUUCGGAGAUGACGUCAUCCUGGACGACGUCCAGGUCUCUUGCUACCGAACGCUGUGCAGUAUCUACUCCCUGGGAACCACCAAGAACAUUUACGUGGAAAAGCUUCGGCCAGCCCUUGGGGAGUGCCUGGCCCGUCUGGCAGCAGCCAUGCCGGUGGCAUUCCUGGAGCCCCAGCUGAACGAGUACAACGCCUGCUCCGUGUACACCACCAAGUCUCCCCGAGAGCGGGCCAUCCUGGGGCUCCCCAACAGUGUGGAGGAGAUGUGUCCUGACAUCCCGGUGCUGGAGCGGCUCAUGGCAGACAUCGGGGGGCUGGCCGAGUCAGGGGCCCGCUACACAGAGAUGCCGCACGUCAUCGAGAUCACGCUGCCCAUGCUAUGCAGCUACCUGCCCCGAUGGUGGGAGCGCGGGCCCGAGGCACCCCCUCCUGCCCUGCCCGCCGGCGCCCCCCCACCCUGCACAGCUGUCACCUCUGACCACCUCAACUCCCUGCUGGGGAAUAUCCUGAGAAUCAUCGUCAACAACCUGGGCAUUGACGAGGCCUCCUGGAUGAAGCGGCUGGCUGUGUUCGCACAGCCCAUCGUGAGCCGUGCGCGGCCGGAGCUCCUGCAGUCCCACUUCAUCCCCACCAUCGGGCGGCUGCGCAAAAGGGCGGGGAAGGUGGUGUCCGAGGAGGAGCAGCUGCGGCUGGAGGCCAAGGCCGAGGCCCAGGAGGGCGAGCUGCUGGUGCGAGACGAGUUCUCCGUGCUCUGCCGGGACCUGUACGCCCUGUAUCCGCUGCUCAUCCGCUAUGUGGACAACAACAGGGCGCAGUGGCUGACGGAGCCGAAUCCCAGCGCGGAGGAGCUGUUCAGGAUGGUGGGCGAGAUCUUCAUCUACUGGUCCAAGUCCCACAACUUCAAGCGCGAGGAGCAGAACUUUGUGGUCCAGAACGAGAUCAACAACAUGUCCUUCCUGACUGCGGACAACAAGAGCAAAAUGGCUAAGGUGGGAGAUACACAGUCCGGUGGCUCGGACCAGGAACGCACCAAGAAGAAGCGCCGUGGGGACCGGUACUCCGUGCAGACGUCGCUGAUCGUGGCCACGCUGAAGAAGAUGCUGCCCAUCGGCCUGAACAUGUGCGCGCCCACCGACCAGGACCUCAUCACGCUGGCCAAGACCCGCUACGCCCUGAAAGACACAGAUGAGGAGGUCCGGGAAUUUCUGAACAACAACCUUCACCUUCAGGGAAAGGUCGAAGGCUCCCCGUCUCUGCGCUGGCAGAUGGCCCUGUACCGGGGCGUCCCGGGUCGUGAGGAGGACGCCGACGACCCCGAGAAAAUCGUGCGCAGAGUCCAGGAAGUGUCAGCCGUGCUCUACUACCUGGACCAGACCGAGCACCCUUACAAGUCUAAGAAGGCCGUGUGGCACAAGCUUUUGUCCAAGCAGCGCCGGCGGGCAGUCGUGGCCUGUUUCCGUAUGACGCCCCUGUACAACCUGCCCACGCACCGGGCAUGUAACAUGUUCCUGGAGAGCUACAAGGCUGCAUGGAUCCUGACCGAAGACCACAGUUUUGAGGACCGCAUGAUAGAUGACCUUUCAAAAGCUGGGGAGCAGGAGGAGGAGGAGGAAGAGGUGGAAGAAAAGAAGCCAGACCCCCUGCACCAGUUGGUCCUACACUUCAGCCGCACUGCCCUGACGGAAAAGAGCAAACUGGACGAGGAUUACCUGUACAUGGCCUAUGCUGAUAUCAUGGCAAAGAGCUGCCACCUGGAGGAGGGAGGGGAGAACGGCGAAGGUGAAGAGGAGGUUGAGGUCUCCUUUGAGGAGAAAGAGAUGGAGAAGCAGAGACUCCUAUACCAGCAAGCACGGCUGCACACCCGGGGGGCGGCCGAGAUGGUGCUGCAGAUGAUCAGUGCCUGCAAAGGAGAGACAGGUGCCAUGGUGUCCUCCACCCUGAAGCUGGGCAUCUCCAUCCUCAAUGGAGGCAAUGCUGAGGUCCAGCAGAAAAUGCUGGAUUAUCUUAAGGACAAGAAAGAAGUUGGCUUCUUCCAGAGUAUCCAGGCACUGAUGCAAACAUGCAGCGUACUGGAUCUCAAUGCCUUUGAGAGACAGAACAAGGCCGAGGGGCUGGGCAUGGUGAACGAGGAUGGCACUGUCAUCAAUCGCCAGAACGGAGAGAAGGUCAUGGCGGAUGAUGAAUUCACACAAGACCUGUUUCGAUUCCUACAAUUGCUCUGUGAGGGGCACAAUAAUGAUUUCCAGAACUACCUACGGACACAGACAGGGAACACGACCACUAUUAACAUCAUCAUCUGCACGGUGGACUACCUCCUGCGGCUGCAGGAAUCCAUCAGCGACUUCUACUGGUACUACUCAGGCAAGGAUGUCAUUGAAGAGCAGGGCAAGAGGAACUUCUCCAAAGCCAUGUCCGUGGCUAAGCAGGUGUUCAACAGCCUCACUGAGUACAUCCAGGGCCCCUGCACCGGGAACCAGCAGAGCCUGGCGCACAGCCGCCUUUGGGACGCAGUGGUGGGAUUCCUGCACGUGUUCGCCCACAUGAUGAUGAAGCUCGCUCAGGACUCAAGCCAGAUCGAGCUGCUGAAGGAGCUGCUGGAUCUGCAGAAGGACAUGGUGGUGAUGUUGCUGUCGCUACUAGAAGGGAACGUGGUAAACGGCACCAUCGCCCGGCAGAUGGUGGACAUGCUCGUGGAAUCCUCGUCCAAUGUGGAGAUGAUCCUCAAGUUCUUCGACAUGUUCCUGAAACUCAAGGACAUUGUGGGCUCUGAAGCCUUCCAGGACUACGUAACGGAUCCCCGUGGCCUCAUCUCCAAGAAGGACUUCCAGAAGGCCAUGGACAGCCAGAAGCAGUUCAGCGGUCCAGAAAUCCAGUUCCUGCUUUCGUGCUCCGAAGCGGAUGAGAACGAGAUGAUCAACUGCGAGGAGUUCGCCAACCGCUUCCAGGAGCCAGCUCGCGACAUCGGCUUCAACGUGGCGGUGCUGCUGACCAACCUGUCGGAGCAUGUGCCGCAUGACCCACGCCUGCACAACUUCCUGGAGCUGGCCGAGAGCAUCCUCGAGUACUUCCGCCCCUACCUGGGCCGCAUCGAGAUCAUGGGCGCCUCGCGCCGCAUCGAGCGCAUCUACUUCGAGAUCUCGGAGACCAACCGCGCCCAGUGGGAGAUGCCUCAGGUGAAGGAGUCCAAGCGCCAGUUCAUCUUCGACGUGGUGAACGAGGGCGGCGAAGCCGAGAAGAUGGAGCUCUUCGUGAGUUUCUGCGAGGACACCAUCUUCGAGAUGCAGAUCGCCGCGCAGAUCUCGGAGCCCGAGGGCGAGCCGGAGACCGACGAGGACGAGGGCGCGGCGGAGGCGGGCGGCCCCUUCCGGCCCGAAGGGGCUGGCGGUCUCGGGGACAUGGGGGACACGACGCCUGCGGAACCGCCCACGCCCGAGGGCUCUCCCAUUCUCAAGAGGAAGCUGGGGGUGGAUGGAGUGGAGGAGGAGCUCCCGCCAGAGCCGGAGCCGGAACCAGAACUGGAGCCGGAGAAAGCAGAUGCCGAGAAUGGGGAGAAAGAAGAAGUUCCCAAACCUCCACCAGAGCCCCCGAAGAAGCAAGCACCUCCCUCACCCCCUCCAAAGAAGGAAGAAGCUGGGGGUGAAUUCUGGGGAGAACUGGAGGUGCAGAGGGUGAAGUUCCUGAACUACCUGUCCCGGAACUUUUACACCCUGCGGUUCCUUGCCCUCUUCUUGGCAUUUGCCAUCAACUUCAUCUUGCUGUUUUAUAAGGUCUCAGACUCUCCACCAGGGGAAGACGACAUGGAAGGCUCAGCUGCUGGGGACGUGUCAGGUGCAGGCUCUGGUGGUGGCUCUGGCUGGGGCUUGGGGGCCGGAGAGGAGGCAGAGGGCGAUGAGGAUGAGAACAUGGUGUACUACUUCCUGGAGGAGAGCACAGGCUACAUGGAGCCCGCCCUGCGGUGUCUGAGCCUCCUGCAUACACUGGUGGCCUUUCUCUGCAUCAUUGGCUAUAACUGUCUCAAGGUGCCCCUGGUAAUCUUUAAGCGGGAGAAGGAGCUGGCCCGGAAGCUGGAGUUUGACGGCCUAUACAUCACAGAGCAGCCCGAGGACGAUGACGUGAAGGGGCAGUGGGACCGACUGGUGCUCAACACACCGUCUUUCCCCAGCAACUACUGGGACAAGUUUGUCAAGCGCAAGGUCCUGGACAAACAUGGGGACAUCUACGGGCGGGAGCGGAUUGCUGAGCUACUGGGCAUGGACCUGGCCACACUAGAGAUCACCGCCCACAAUGAGCGCAAGCCCGACCCGCCACCAGGGCUGCUGACCUGGCUCAUGUCCAUCGAUCUCAAGUACCAGAUCUGGAAGUUCGGGGUCAUCUUCACAGACAACUCCUUCCUGUACCUGGGCUGGUAUAUGGUGAUGUCCCUCUUGGGGCACUACAACAACUUCUUCUUCGCUGCCCAUCUCCUGGACAUCGCCAUGGGGGUUAAGACGCUGCGCACCAUCCUCUCCUCCGUCACCCACAAUGGGAAACAGCUGGUGAUGACCGUGGGCCUUCUGGCGGUGGUCGUCUACCUGUACACCGUAGUGGCCUUCAACUUCUUCCGCAAGUUCUACAACAAGAGCGAGGAUGAGGAUGAGCCUGACAUGAAAUGUGACGACAUGAUGACGUGUUACCUGUUUCACAUGUACGUGGGUGUCCGGGCUGGCGGAGGCAUUGGGGACGAGAUCGAGGACCCCGCGGGUGACGAAUACGAGCUCUACAGGGUGGUCUUCGACAUCACCUUCUUCUUCUUCGUCAUCAUCAUCCUGUUGGCCAUCAUCCAGGGUCUGAUCAUCGACGCUUUUGGUGAGCUCCGAGACCAACAAGAGCAAGUGAAGGAGGAUAUGGAGACCAAGUGCUUCAUCUGCGGAAUCGGCAGCGACUACUUUGAUACGACACCGCAUGGCUUCGAGACUCACACGCUGGAGGAGCACAACCUGGCCAAUUACAUGUUUUUCCUGAUGUAUUUGAUAAACAAGGAUGAGACAGAACACACAGGUCAGGAGUCUUAUGUCUGGAAGAUGUACCAAGAGAGAUGUUGGGAUUUCUUCCCGGCUGGCGAUUGUUUCCGCAAGCAGUAUGAGGACCAGCUUAGCUGAGACCCCCAGCUGGCUCUCCACCCCCACCUCAAGUGCCUUAUUCUCACAGCAAGUCCCUUAGUCCCCAAGCUCCUCCCCCUAAGGCAGCUGGGGGAGAGGUGACCCAGUACUGGAAAAUAAAUCUGUGCUACGCCCCCCAGCA